AUGUCGAAUGCCGAAAAACUUGCGGAUGAAUUUGAAAAAGGCGAAACGGAUAUUGACAAAUUCGGAAAAGGUACCGGCAAAAGAACUAAGAUUGAACAACAUGAGCAUAAACAUUCUCAUCGAGAAGGUGAUACCAGAAAAAUAGUCAAUUAUUGUGUUAGUGGUCAGGAAAAAAGAAAGGGAACUACUAGCAGCACGGUCAAGAAGGACUAG